AAUGAUCGCAAUAUAUCUCCCUUUUCUUUUUUUCACUUUUCCAUCGUUUCUCCCCCUUUUGCCGUCUGAGCGUCCGCAGUCGGUCUGCCUUGGGCAAAGGUUGUAUCAUACCGCUUCUCUGCUGUACUGUACCAGAAUCAUUAUUCAUCGCCGGAUUUGGCUGGAGCUGUCAAGUUCCUGUACUAGUACUAGUACUUCUGCUCCAGUUUGUGAAGCAAUCGGACCACACGAACAAGGGCUUACUGGCACGCAUUGGACUCCCCGCACAGACUGCGGGUAUCCCACACCUCUGUCUACCAGGGCCUUUGCGGUACUGUGCCGGCAUGAUACUAGCAGCUCUCGGCCCAGAAAGCUGACACCCUACCUGUCCGGAGGAAACAUUCGCCAUCUCUUUUGCCCUUUCAUCCUUGGUCCUUUUAUCCUUGGACCCCUAACGAUGCUCCUAAAAAGCACUGGAGGGAGAGGGAAAAAAGAAAGGAAGAGAGGGAAAAGGGAAGAAAGAGGAUGGGGCCCAUUCAUAGGCUACAAGAGGAUUGAGGAGGGGGCUUGAUUUCUUGCUUGCUUGCUGCUAGUGCCACAGGAUACAGGAUACAGCACUUGCUGCUGCUGCUCUUCCUGCGGUGCUCCACCGGCCCCCGACGCGAGAGAGUGAAAUGGGGGAAUCCUCUUGUUUCUUUCCUUCUUUCCCUCUUCCUAUCACUAUUUAGCGGUACAGUAUACUUUCUUUUUCCCCUGUACGAGUCUAAACCGCUAUUCACCCCAGGGCCGGUUUUCUUGCUUGGAAAAUUUCGACUCCUCUCUCUUCCUUCUCUCUUUCGAUCCUUCCAAUUGAUUCCUUGCUUGUUGCUCCCUGUUUUGUGGCUGCUGUUCCAGAUCGAUAUCACGCUCCUACCUUCUUGCGGUUCGAGAGUUUGCUUCUUAUCACCCUGCCCUAUCCGUCGACUCUGUGGUUCAAUCCUGUCAAUUUCACAGCGGCUUCGCCUGAAAGGAAGAAAAAAGAGAGUAUCAUAUAAUUGAGCGUCGAACCCUUCUCGUGCCACUUGCUCUCACUUGAACAGAGCUCUGUUGAACCAGCCGCGGUAUCGGUGCUCGCUUAUACUGCUUAUUAACCCGCCGAUCUUCUUUCGGCGGACCUCUUCUACCUUUCUGCCUGAGUUUGUUUGGCCCAUUCUUGUAUUCCUCCCGUAUUUUACCGGUCGUCUCGCCCGUCCACCUGCAGGUACCUGGGUAAACAUUGAGUUCCUGGGCGUACUCGUACUCGUACACACUUUUUUUCUUCUUCUCAUUUUCUAUGAAAAGCUGCGAGAGGCUCGUGGUAAAUCUGGUGGUAAGCCUUUUUUCCCUUUGAUGCUUUUUUUGUCCGUUCUGUGGCGAUUUGGUGCUUGUCUAUUUAUGUCCUGUACUUUCUUGUUUAAUGUUGCUGUUGCACCCUAAAGGCGUGCCCAACUUCGUUUCCCAAUUACCUUCGGAGCACUCAAUUACACACGCUUCAUGUGUCACCGGAAUCAGACUCCAUGCCACAUGAGAUCAGAGACUCUUCUAACUUGUUGUUUCUAACAUACUGGGGAACCUCGCCCUUAUUCGUGUGCCACACCGUCUUUCCUCCUGUCCGGGUAGCAGUUGCUUACUGUUUGUACUGACCCGGGUUGAAUUAGUCCUUGCCCUAGGGGAUUACAUACAUUCACUUCCGACGCACAAAGGCCGGAGUAUUUCCUCCUCCUCCUACUCCCCCCUCUUUUCCCUUCGUCCUUACUGCCUUCUCGAAGACUGUCGCCUUCCCCCGCCUCGCAUACCAUUUCGACCCUCCUGUUCUGUACUAGUACAGUUGACCUUGGAAGAAUAUUACUUGCUAUAGCGCUUUCUUCAGCUGCUCGAACUACGUAAAUUCCACGCUUGGUCUGCUUUUCGAAUAUCCAGGGAGUUCCCCUUUCGGUCGUGGCGCGCUUGUUAAAGAUGUGUAUGGGGGGAGCCCCCGAUGAGGGUGCUCAAAGGUCUCGUGAGAUCGAGCGGUUGAUACGACAGGAUGAGAAGCGCAUCGCAAAGGAAGUUAAACUAUUGCUCUUAGGUACCGUUGCUGUGGCUAAUCCAUUGGGUGCCUGGACAUUGUCAUUGGCCUAUAUGAUCUGUCAGUAGGUACUAAUGCGGCGUGGUCUAUCGACAGGAGCUGGCGAGAGCGGGAAGUCCACCAUUCUCAAGCAGAUGAAGCUGAUCCAUGCCUCUGGUUUCUCUAAAAACGACAGAGAUGACUAUCGCGCAAUAAUCUUCUCCAACUUGUUGAACUCGUUCAAGAUAAUCCUGGAAGCUAUGGAAUCGUAUGAUUUGGCAUUCCAGAACGAGGAAAACGAAGUGCGCUAUCCUUCAGUGUUCUCAAAUCCAACGCUUGUUCCAUUCGGCACUGAUCACCAAUAUUUUAGGCAUAUGUUGAGCUGGUCAUAGUGGAGCGCGAAUUAGGGAGACAAGAGCCAUUCCCUAAGGAGUACCAGAAAGCCUUCGCAAGUUUGUGGGCAGAUGGUGGUGUUCAGACGGCGGUACACCGGGGAAACGAGUUCGCACUGCACGAUAAUCUGAAUUAGUGAGUUUGGCGGUGCCCUUGACUCCGUCGUUUCCCCGCAGUUCUUGCUCUUUGAGGGUAAGAGACACUAGAAUGGUAGCUAAUAGGAGAACUCCGUGUUUUAGUUUUUUUGAAUCUCUUGAUCGGUUAUUUGUCCCCAACUACAUGCCGACUGAUCAGGAUAUUCUCCGCUCCAGGUUAAAGACUACUGGAAUUAGUGAAACAUUGUUUGACUUGGGAGCUUUAACAUACCGCAUGUUUGACGUUGGUGGACAGCGAUCUGAGCGCAAAAAGUGGAUCCAUUGUUUCGAAAAUGUCACCGCCUUGUUGUUUUUGGUUGCAAUUAGUGGAUAUGACCAGUGCUUGGUUGAGGACAAAGACGCUGUAUGUUCUUCUUGGUGCCCGCGGAUAUUUUUGUUUUUCCCGGUGGCGUUGCGCAUCGGUUGUGGUUGGGCGGUCGGGCUGUGUUGGUGGCUAAUAUUGGCUUAGAACCAAAUGCAAGAAGCGCUGAUGCUAUUCGAGAGUAUUUGCAAUUCGCAGUGGUUUAUCCAGACUUCGAUCAUUCUCUUCCUAAACAAGAUCGAUUUGUUCAAGCAAAAAUUGCCGAACUCACCAGUGAGGAAAUAUUUUCCCGAUUACACCGGCGAUCCGCAGUCCUACAAGCACGCCUCGAUGUAUUUUGAGGAGAGUUUCAGGAGAUUGAAUCGCAGCUCGUCGAAGGUAUGUCUUUCCUAUGCCCGGCACCUUUGAGGUUGGCCCUAACAAUAUAAUGAAUUAGGAUAUCUAUGUUCAUUUUACAAACGCGACCGACACAAACUUGCUCAAGAUCACAAUGUCCAGUGUUCAGGACAUGAUACUACAGAAAAAUCUUCAAACAUUGGUUCUGUAAGUGCUUUAUGAAACAAGGGAAAAUUAUAUUUGCCAAGAGGUGUCGGGAUAUGAGGGGGAAACGUGUGCAGCGAACUCAUUUAUGAUCCGUGACGGAUAGAGGCAAGAGACUUUAAGCUAUUACCGCUAUGUUUCAAGAUGGUGAGCAAUUGCAACGCGUGACGACAGUGACGGCAUUUUUAUUCUAUAUUUUUACCACCAAUUAUCUUCAACGAACGGCUACGAGCGGUUCUUGUUUCAGUGACCUACUCGCUUUGCUUUUUCUUCUGCAUGAUUUUCGUUCUAGCUGGUUGGUUAUAGCUCUCGCUAUUGUUAAUGGGGUUAAUGGGGAAGGUCUGAAUAUUAUUAUUUUAUAUUUUUUUUUGCGUAUCAUCUAUCCUUAUUGGAGACUUGAUGGGGAGCAUUAGAUGAGUAAGGGUGGCAUUUGCUUUUCGGAUUCUUUUUGGAGGGAACAUGGCACUUUUGUCCGGUCCUCUGGCUGGUGAUUUCUUGUUCUGCUUUUCCCUAUUUCUUGGAGGGCGGUGGCAUCAUGUGGUGUUUCGAUGUGGUAUCCAUCAUUUCUUUAUUCUGCCUGGUGGCUCCCUAGUUCCUUCAGCUCGUGGCGUGCAUGUAACUUAGAGGGCUGCCGGACAUCGGGUAUACAUAUAAAAGGGGUGGGAAAACCCUGGGAUUGAGAGGUCGGGAAAGGUCCACUUUCUUGGCGGUUCUAAGAAAUCCUUUCAUAUCCUAUGUAUAUAAUUCCUUUCAUUUCAAAGUUCGUAUUUCGAGGAUUUUCCCAUCGGACUUGUUGUUUCUUUUCUGCUCACACGGUCGGGGGUUCAUCGGGAUUCUAGCAAAUGUUCCCUCCCCCCCCUUUCGAAGUUCCUGCGCUGCUCGGUUAUAGUUGAAAUUCGACAAACAGAAAUUUUAACAAUCGUUAUUUGCUCAUGAAUUCAUCCAGAAAGAUUCAAGAGUUGGAUGGAUGUAAGCCAGUCUUCGGGUCAUGGAGAUGUCUUGGCACUAGGGUUGCCAUUUGAAGUUGACGGGAUUUGGGAUCAGGUGGAUCCUUCCUUUCCUCUAACCGCCAACAGCAACCCCAUCAUCGUCAAACCUCUUCCAUUUCGGACCCCCUCCUCCUUUGCGUCCGGGAAUCUUCACCCCCUCCUCCCUUUUCUCCGCUUGGCAGCAGUAACAAGAUGUUCUCCCUCGGCCAUGUUACUUUAGCCUUGCGCGGUGUCUCAGCUGUUCUCCCCCGCCCAAUAGUAUCCAUCAAACAAGUUGCCUCCCCCGCCAUCCAUAUCCGACCAAGGUUGAGAUCUUACUCCUCAUCAUCUUCCUCUAAACCUUCAAAUCCUUCGGAUGGGACAUCUGGCAGUAUCGCCGGUACGCCUACUGUUCGAAGAUCAACUAGAACGGGGAUCAAGGGCUCUACAUCAACAGCGACAAAGGAGCGAUCAAAAGUUCCCGUGGUGCCCAGCACCGACCAUCUCCACCCAGCCGGUACACCCCUGCCCCCCUUCUCCCUAUCCGAUCUCUUACUAAGUGAUCUACUUUGAUAGACGUAGCAAUAUCAGCCUUCUUCGCCCAACACCGGCCUGUCAGUAUCUCCCACCCGGUCCCACUGAACCACUCAGAAACCCUUUUCGGGAAUAUUUUCACCUCGCGGAAACCUGCCGUUGAACGCCCUAUACACCAGAACUCUCCGUCACCAGCAGACUUUGAGCACGUAGAAGUGGCGGCGGUCGAGUCCGGGUGGUUGGAAUCCGCCAUACGAUCAGCCUCGGGCAACGCCCAGCAGCAACAGCAGCAAGUGGUGGCAGCACAACCACAAGCCCAUCAGUCUACACAGGAUGCCACCGACUCGGCAAAUCUGGGCUUGGACUAUUUCUCCUACAGACCAUUCCAUCCGCCCCCACCGCCAAGAGCACAAACGGCCUUCCUGAGGCCGAGGCUUCAAAAGCAACUCAUCCAACUCCUCCUCCGAGCCGCAGCACAAGGGGGGGGGACCAUCACUGUCUCGGGUAAUAGCAAAAUCCUUCUCGAGGACAUGAUCCGCCAACGACGCAAUGGCGAGGCUGUGCGUGACGAGAACCCCGGACGAGUGGUCAUGCGCCUUAUUUCCGUCAAGAGGAUUAGGAAACAUAAGAUGAAAAAGCAUAAGUUGAGGAAACUACGAAAGAGGACUAGAUCAUUGAGGAGGCGGGUUGAGUCUCAGAGGAGGUAGGCGUAGGCUCCGGGAGUUGUGUGAUGUUAUGGUGGAUGGGGCAGUGGGGGCGAGCGGGAAAGUUGAGUGAUCUCUAAUUCAGUUCCCUUUCUUUCCCGUCCUCUCUUCUCUUCUCAAUAGAUAGAAAUCUUCCAUGUAGCAAAUCGCCUUUUCGCGAUACUUUCCGUGUGUUUCGAGGGAAAUGCGUAGACGGGAUAUUUUAUUUUAUUUAUUUUUCCUUUCUGAAUUAUCUAUCCAUCCAUCUGUCCGUGUUAUCCUGUAGGCGGUGACAGCAGUCGUGGGAUUGGUGGACGAAGGCUGCAUAGGAGCGAGUUUUUCUUCAUUUCAUUUUAUUUUUACCUUUUUUCUCUUCACGGGGGGGCGGAAUAGGAAGGGAGGAUACAGGGGGGCCUUGGGAAUGGGCACCGGUAUAUGGAUACGGUGGGUGGUUGACGCCGUCUUUGCGUUGGAUGAGUUUUUCUGUAUUAUACCGGUACUUGUUUGGUGGUUCAAGCCUGCAUCUGGUGUGAUGAUUUGGAUGAAGCAACUAGCAGUGCUGCCUUCGUGGUAAACUAUAACUAAGACUUAGUCUAAUACGUUAUAAUAGUCCAAGUGAAAUGCGGGGUGGGAUGCUGCUUUGAAUUGGGAACGUACCGUACGAGUGCUCGUACAUAACUUACCCUAACCUUUCACGGUGAACUCCUCCUUUGACGUCUGCCAAGCCCUAUAUUUUCACUUUGGAAUUUG